AUACUACUGAUAUUGUUUUCCCUCACGUUUUUGUGUCUAUCUUUUAUUUUGCUUUUGCAUCUGCCUGUGCUUUUAGUUGUAAAUAAUGAAGCAGCACUUUUACAAACAGCAGAACACAUUACGGUCCAGGCCCAAGACACAGAGAAGCUGAUUAAGGAGCAGUUUAAGAAGCUUCACCAGUUUCUACAAAAGGAAGAGGAGGCCAGGAUCAAAGCUCUGAGGGAGGAAGAGAAGCAGAAGAGUCAGAUAAUGAAGGAGAAGACUAAGGCUCUGAGCAGAGAGAUAGCAGCUCUUUCAGACACAAUCAGAGCCACAGAGGAGGAGCUGAGAGCUGAACAUGUCUCAUUCCUGCAGAACUACAAGGCUGCGGUCAAAAGAGUAAAGCAGCGCCCCCUGCUGGAGGAUCCACAGCUGGUCUCAGGAGCUCUGAUAGAUGUGGCCAAACACCUGGGCAACCUGGCCUUCAACAUCUGGAACAAGAUGAAGAGUAUGGUCACCUACACUCCUGUGAUUCUGGAUCCAAACACUGCCAACCCAGAGUUCAUCCUGUCUGAAGAUCUGACCAGCGUGAUACAUGGAGAGAGACAGAAGCUUCCUGGAAACCCAGAGAGGAUCAACUAUCACCGCUCUGUCCGAGGCUGGGAGGGCUUUAACUCAGGGACUCACAGCUGGGACGUUGAGGUUGGAGACAAUGCAACCUGGUUUGUUGGUGUGGCAACAGAGUCCGUCCAGAAGAAGGGACGCUUAAAAUCUGGGUUCUGGCAAAUUGAGUUCUACAAUGGAAAAUACAGCGCACGCUUGUCAGGAGAUCCUGCCAUUAUUGUUCGGGUGAAGAAGAAACUCCAGAGGAUCCGAGUUCAUCUGGACUGGAACAGAGGAAAACUGUCAUUCUCUGAUGUUGAUACUAACACACACAUACACACCUUCACACACACUUUCACCGACAUGCUGUUUCCAUGCACAGGCACUUUGAAUGAACUCCCACUGAAGAUAUUACCAGGCAAAGUCUCUGUUACAAGAGAAUAGCUCAGUCAGAGAUGCCUAUGAGGAUAAUAUCCACAGGUGUCGCAUAUUAGAAACUGUGUGCUUUGUGUUGUGACACUGAGAUGCAAUAACAUUUCAUAUAAACAACAUUUUUAUGAAAAUAGAAAGCUGCGUUUUAACUUUGCUAUGAUUUACACCUGAUGCUUACCUAAAUUUCCCUCGGGAUCAAUAAAGCUGGCUAUCUACCUAUCCAUCCCAUACAACUAAAACCAAAGCAAUAAGCUAAAUCAGGGGUUUUCAACCAGUGGGUCGUGCCCCCCUGGUGGUACAUAAAGGCAUUGCAGCUGGCUCCUGCUGUAGCAUUCAGUAAUGUAGUUUCUUUUUUUCUUUUUUUUUAUUGAAAUAAACAGGACCAAACAUGGGAGACAAGACAACAGAUACAGGACAUUAGAAAAAGAUAUAGAGUGUUUUACAAGACUGUAGUGUGUGAGGGUGUGAAGUGUGGGCAUUUCCAACUUAUGCAGUCCAUGAAACGCAAGAAACAAAGGAGGAGAAAUUUUAUUUGUUUUUUUUAUUUUUUU